AAUUUAUCAAUAUAUUAUCGGCCAAACAGGGAAACAAAAAAGUACGAAAAUAAGCAGUUAAUAGAAUUAGAGAACAAUUCGGUGAGCAAGUGGCAAGUGGGAACACUUGUACAAAUGAUUAGAUUAAAUAGCAAACAAAUUUAGACUAACAAAAUGUAUAAGAAAUUUCUAAACUAAACACGACCGGGCGAUCAGUGAAUUCCAAUGAUUUGAAAAGAGUAGAACGUGAACAAAACUACCUUUUGUUAAGAGAAUUUACGAAAAACAAAAAUAAUAUUAACAAAAUAUAGUGUAACAACAAAUUUGUGCAAUUUUGGAUAAAAGCCAAAAAAACUAAAAAAGUUCUAAAAUUAAGAAUAAAAAAAAACAUUUGUGAGAAUAAAUUAUCAUUAAACAAACAUGUCUCAAGAACAUCUGGCAUCUUUAUUAAAUUCAGACGAGUGUAAAGAAAUUGUGACAAAAGUGAAUCAUGAAACCGGCAAUAAUUUACAAGUCAAAACAUUUACCAUUGUUUCGGCCACUGAAGCCAAAGGUUUUUUGGGUGAAUAUUUUCAUUUAACUAUUGAAUGUUUUAAGCCAAAUAAUGAUAAUGAGUUAGCUAAUGAAGAUGGCGGGGAAGUUGAAAGUGCUGCCAUAUUGUUGAGAUUUUUUAUUAAAAAUCUACCACCCGUAGAUGAAGAACAUGAGAAAGUAACGAUUUUUCGCAAAGAAAGUGCUUUGUAUGGUUCGUUAUUGCCGAAAUUGCAGAAAUACUCCUCUGAACCCUGGUGUCCCAAAGUCUAUUUGUGCUAUAAAAAUCUUCUCGUAUUGGAAGAUCUUGACAGCGUAGGCUUCCAUUCAUUAGCCUCAAAGGAAAAUUUAGAGGCAAGUGAAAUGUUUCCUAUACUAAAUGGCCUGGCAGCAAUGCAUGCUUCCAGUCUGCUCUAUGAAUUGCAAAGAACUGAAACCAUUGAAGAAAUCUAUUACGAAAGUCUGAAAGAAAUUACUGUACAUCCCGAUAUACCCUGGUUCACUACCGGUCUCAAGGCCAUACUCGAAGUAGCCAAACAUCAUUCGAAAUAUCAAGUGGAAGUAUCGCAAAAAUUCAUUAUCUCGGAAUUACCGUUGCAUUUGAGAAAUAUUUAUUUUAUGGUGAAUCCUUCGCCCAAAUAUCGCAAUGUCUUGUGUCAUCGCGAUACUUGGGGUGGUAAUAUUUUUCUGGAUCACAAUAAUCCAGAAAAAUCGGCUGUAUUUGUAGAUUUUCAAACCUGUCGUUAUAGUCCACCAGCCAUUGAUGUUAUCUUUACACUAUUCAUGAAUUUAACGAAACAAGAUAGACUGGAAAAACAAUCGGAAUAUUUGAAAUAUUAUUAUGAACAAUUGGUGCUGCAUGUUACAAAUCAUAUUCCCGAGGAUAAAUCCCUAGAUGAAGUUGUUUUCUCUGAAGCAGAGUUUUUGGAAUCCAUUGAAGAGUUUCAACUAUUUGGUUUAGUGUAUAGAGCUUUGGCUGCCUCAAUUUUGAAAGUACCUAAAGAAAUUGUAACGGAUUAUUAUAAAAAUGAGGAGAGAUCGGAAAAAUUGUUAGAGUAUAUGGGGGAGAAUGAAGAAUUCCGGAUGUUGAUGGAAGAGAGUAUAGAGGACAUUAUUGAGGCGGUUGUGGAUAUUUCUAUAAAAUCAAAUGUUUAUUGAGAAAUAAUUAUGAUUUUAGUAUGUAUUUUUAUAAAAACUGCCAUAAGAAUGAG